AUGCGGUCCGGCGCAGGAGGGAUCAUGGAGCGUCUGGACACGACUUGGAUCCUGGCCAAGGCGGGCGGCUGUGAAAAGACAGAGUCGAGUCCCGCCACGCUGGGUCUGACCAAUAUGGCCGGCGUGUUCAUCAUGGUGGCAGCGGGAAUCGUGGCCGGCGUCUUCUUGAUCUUCAUCGAGAUCGCCUACAAGCGGCGUCGCGGCGUCAAGGAGAAACAGUUGCGUCUGGCCCGAGCUGCCAGCAGUCGGUGGCGCACCAACAUUGAGGUGAGUCGUUGGGACGCCGACCUUUUCCGCUACACCGCCGGGUUGGACGAGCAGUCAGGCUGCAACCCAACCAACUGGGGCCGGCAUGAUUGUAUAGUUUGCUGGUCCGGUGGAAGGAGGAUGAGACCCAGACUGGGCCGGCAACUGGCAAUCACCGUCUGCGGUAUUCGAGCUUAG